AUGUCUUCUGUUCUCCAGCCCCGAGAAUGUACGGUGACCAAAAAGCCCCAAAAGAGCUACGGGUUCUACCUGCGCAUUGAGGAAGACACUGCAGGGCAUCUCAUCCGGAAUGUGGAGAAGAACAGCCCAGCUGAAAAGGCUGGCUUGAAGAAUGGAGACAGAAUCCUCAGGGUUAAUGGUGUCUUUGUACACAAGGAGGAACAUGCACAGGUGGUGGAGUUGGUCAAAAACAGUGGGAAUUCUGUUGUACUCCUUGUUCUGGACGAUGCAUCCUAUCAAAAGGCAGAGAAGGAAGGAGUGAACUUGGAAGAACUGGGUCAAAAGGCAUCAACAAGAAAGCAGCAGGACCCGCAGGCCCCACCACCCAUGGCCAAUGGAGCAAUCACUGCAGUUCCACAACCCCGGCUCUGCUACCUAGUGAAGGAGGAGAAAGGCUAUGGCUUCUCCCUGAAAACCACAGAAGGACAGAAGGGGUUGUUCAUAGUAGAGCUUUCACCACAAGGAGCAGCUGCAAAGGCUGGUGUCCAAAACAACGAUCGCCUGAUUGAAAUUAAUGGAAGCAACGUGGAAAAUGACACACAUGAGGAAGUGGUGGAAAAGGUAAAGAAGUCAGAAAAUCGGGUUAUGUUUCUCCUUUCCAAUGAAGAAACAGACCGCUACUACCACAGCCAGAAGAUGGCACUGCGCAAAGAGAGCGCCAGCCUGAAGCUGCUUCCCCUCAAACCGCGACUUAUUGACAUCCAGAAAGGAAAGGAUGGUUAUGGCUUUUAUCUGCAGAUGGACAACAACACUGGCGCUCAUGUAAUCAAGGAUGUUGAUGCUGGGAGCCCAGCAGCCCAGGCGGGUCUCAAGGACAAUGACAUCUUAGUAGCUGUCAACGGUGAGGAAGUAGACGGGCUGAAUCAUGGAAGUGUAGUGGGGAAAAUCAAGCAGUCCGAGGUAAAAGUCACACUGCUGGUGGUGGAUCAGGAGACUGACGCCAUGUAUAAACUGGCUCAAAUUUCCCCUUUCUUAUACUACUACCAAACAGAACAUCCAACUCCAGCUCAAACAGAGGAAAGAGUGGAGUUGCACAGUGAGCAGAAAGUGAACCACAAGCCAAGAAUCUGCAAGAUGGUGAAAGGGCCCAAUGGAUUUGGCUUCAAUUUAAACAUGAUCAAGAACAAGCCUGGACUGUUCAUCAGUGAGGUACAAACCCACGGGCCAGCUGACGCAGCAGGUGUAGCAAACAAUGACUUCUUGGUGGAAGUGAACGGGGAGAAUGUGAUCAAUGAAUCCUAUGACAAAGUGGUGGCAAGGAUCCAAGGUACUGGUGACAGGCUCACACUACUGGUGUGCAGCAAAGAGGCUUACACGUACUUCCAAAGCCAGAACAUUCCCAUCACAGCCUCUAUGGCAGAUCCAGUCCCUGACGACCCUGAAUCUCCUGCUUAUACAGAAAACCAUCUGCCAGACACAGAGAGAAAGUCACCUGAACCCAGGAAAAGGGCAAGCUCAUCCUCCUCUUCAAGAUCAGCUGCCUCUACCAGAGCAGACAGUGACAACGACGACACAAGGCUGUGAGGAGACAAACUGUGCCAAGAACAAAAAAAGAAACCUUACAAAUCCUCAUUCUUCAAUCACUCUUUGCUACUACACCUCCCAGAACUUGGCUAUUGCUAGUAGU